AGCGCAGAAAGGUCUAUAGGCCUGGCCCGUUGUUGAGCUGACUGUUUUGUAGCUUUUACCUGCAUUUGGAAGAUCUGAGUGCUUGACAAUGGCUUCCUUGGUUUCCAAAGAUUACUUUGCGAGCCUGCCAAUCGAGGUGAAGGAGAUAAUUUUGAAUGACCUGACAGUCACGGAUCUCUGUCACGUGGCAUUAUGUAAUCGAUCCUGGAGAGAGGCAGCCAAUCAAGAUGCACUGUGGCGCCCUCUCUGUCAAGAUAAUGGAUGGGAGCGCUAUGGUGAAGAAGACCGUCUUCUCAAAGAGGUUCCCUUUAAAUCUACUUCACAAGAGCAGGUGACGGGUGAAGGAGGUUCACCUACAUUCCCAGUCGAUGCAGUUGUAACCGGCUCUGGCUGGCCUCAACUCGAGACUACUUGUAAAUGGAAGGAAGUAUACAUGAAAGCAAAGCACCUUGAAACAAACUGGUGCAAAAACCGCUUCUAUGCUGUAUCAUUUCAAUUUUGCCUAACUGGCAAAGUGCCUACAAAAAGCACCGCUGAUAGUGGAAGUGAUGACGCUGAUGAACAAUCCGCCUCGAGUGUAGCUGAAGAAGUAGAUCACUCUGAAAACGACCCCAGUGGUUUGGAUGAAGAUGAUGAUGUUUACGGUGAUAAAGAUGGCCCAUAUGUCUGUAAUAUGGCUGGAGAAGGAAUCUAUCUAGCUGCCGGUACAUCCCAGGGUACUCUGCAAAUCUGGGAUAUCUUUCAAAGGGAACGUAAACAUCUAAUCGAAGUGGACAUCAGUGAAAAGAGGGAUGCUCUGAAGAUGAAGGAUGGCAUCAUUGCUGCAGGAUGCAAGGACGGUAAGGUUCGUACCUAUUCCGCCAAGAGUGGAGAGCAGCUACAGGUCAUGUCGGGGCAUCCUCUGGCGGUGUCUCAUAUCUUCUUUGAUGGUGUGACAAUCGUUAGUGUAAUUAAACCACGUUCGCCGAACAGUGACAUUGUAGUGUGGAACGCUUCAGAUGGAGCCUGUCGUUGUAUCCUCAAGGCUGGAAGGACUCUGACACUUCUUGACCUGGCCUACAAGGACAAGGUCAUAGCUGGAGUCUACUUUGACCGGAAGAUUCGAGUUUGGGAUGCAGAGAGUGGCUCUAUGUUACAUGAGAUGGAUUCUGGAAUGAGGACAGUGGUUUCGAUCUAUCUUGGAGAUGGUAUCGUCAUCGUCGUGUCACAAGAUUUCAUCGUCAAGAUUUGGAGCCUAGAAUCAGGGAAGUGUGUCAGGACAUUUGAUGUACCGAUUGAUCCAGCGUUUGUGAACAAGCACGCUAAAGCAACUUACUGCACAUUCAAUGGCGAGCUGCUCGCUGUUGUUUCCACCUUUUGGACCACUACAGUUCUGGAUUUGGAUGGAAAGCGGAUCGGGACAUUCCUGUCAGAUUUUCGUGACUCAAUGGAACCUCUGUUUUUCCAUGGUAAGAAGCUAGUUAUAUGGUGUGAAACACAAGUCGUGCCGUGUACCGAACUUUGGAUUGCCGACCCAAAGAUGCAUGGGAAUGGUAAUGCUAAUAGCAGUUUCGAGAUAGACGAAAGUACAGAUUACCUCGCAGAAGCCAGCGGGAACUUCACCGUGACUUGGAUGAGUGAUACCAAACUGGCAUUCGAGCGGCAUGGUGAAUAUGAAGCGAAUGAUGGACCACUCAUACCCGAAAUUAUCGUGCGUCAUUAUUGGUAAAAGUAUGAAAAUGUUCAGUUACAUGAUGAUGGUGAUGUAGGAGUCUAUUGUAGCCAUCAUGGUGAUGUUGUGGACUUGGUCCAAUGGAGUAAUGGAGUCUUCAGAAAGACGCUAGCAUCAUUUUUUUUUUAUCUAUUUUUGCCAAAAUGCACGUGGGUGUGGGUGCAAGGGUUGUUGGGUGAGCACACGAGCCGGAGAGCAUUGAUUUAUAUUUUGUUUGCUUGAUUUCUAUGAUUUUUGUUUAUUAUUUGAAUAUUCACGUCCUUUUUGUGGGGUGGGUGGGGUUAUCUUGAAAACCAAAUACCUCCAAGGUUGCGGAGGAAAUAGUUCAUUGUUAUUGAAGGUUUUAUUUAGCAGGUUCAUUGUCUUUAAUGGUUACCCCCCCCCCCCCAUCCACCCCCACCCACCAACCCCACCAUAGCGCACGUAGUUUCAAGAGCAACCGCCCACCUCUUUCAACCUUUCCAGUUAUGGUUACGUUUCAUCAGCGUUCUUUCGUUUUGGACGGUUAGUCAUGACGGUUCGUCAUGACAGCUCGUCAUGACGGUCGUCCUGGCAAAUCACAUGACUCGCUGAAACGGAGGGGCGUGAUCAAUGGAUCUUGGCAAUCAACUUUCUAGAUUUUUUCUAGAAGGGGGCAAAGCACAUCCCCCCC